GACAAACAGCUGUAGCUGACACUUCACUUAAAAGUGACAGCACAUCCAGUCAGUAAUCACACACAACAAUCUCAUAAUCCAAAUUGGAAUUGGACACUAGAGAAGAAUAAAGAAGAACAUUUUUAUUUCCACACAAUAAACUAUUGAAAGUUAUUAGUUCCACAUUCCUUCAAGUAUUUAUGGUGGUACUUGUAUUUGUUCCUAUUUGUGGUAUAUUAUAUCCAGACUGACGAAUUAUUUAUAUAGAUUCUGAACAAUAAAUAUUUUUGUUGAUAUUAACAGUUUGAUUGUUAAAAUUAUAAUUAACUGGUUAAGCUGAAGUUUGCUCAAAAGUAUUACAACGAUGGUUGAUUUUUCUGGAGGUCCAGGUGGUUUAAUAGAACAUGGCUUCAGCAACUCUGUUUUCAUUGUUCCUGGAAUAAUUAUUUUUGCUUUAUCAGCAUUUUGUGGCUACAAGCUUUUCCUCUGUUUAUCAGAGCGAGAGAAAAAACGUGAAGAGAAGAAAAGACUUAAACAAAAGAAAAAAAAGUAGACAUGAAAUUACACUUAAAGGAGGUGAUAUAGGAAUAAAUGCUGUGACGAAAUUGUAUAUAACAAAUGGUAACAUUUUCUGUCCCUUUUUAAAUGGUUGUUUCAUUGUUAAUUUAAUUUAUAAGACUUAACACCAAUCAAGGUGAUAUUUUGCACAGUAAUUAAUUUCUUUUACCACCUGAUGUUUGGUUCUAGUUUUAAGUUAUUUAUUGUUUGUCUUAUUUGAAUCUACAUAUAUGGUAAUGUACCGUACCAUAAAACUUGUUAAGUUUUAGAUGGUUUUAACACUGUGAUGGUUAAAAGUAAAGUCUUCAAAAGUUUAUUUUUGUGUGAAAACAUGGUUUAUUUUUAUGCUACUGUAACGUUUGUGUGAAUAUUUUCUUAAUUGGAAUUUUCUUCAUAACUUUAAUAAACCACAGAAAUGUUUUAAAAUAGCAUUUUAAAGUUAGGGUAAGGAAUAGUACAACAUAGGGGUUAAUCUAUAAAAUUACUGUAUUUUUCAUUACAUUAGUAUGCUGAUAUAAGCAGCCUAUGUUUUGGAUUAUGAUUAAUUACUAUUUUCCAUAGUCUUAAGUGAUUUUGCUAUCACUUUUGUAGAUCUUCAUUAUGUUACAUAACUUGUUAUCUGUGAUAAUAGUAUUUUCAUUAUCUUUAAUAUAUAAAGUAUUAACAAGCUGCAACAGUUAAAAUGUAUUUUUGGAAACUGCCAUUAGAAUUAAAUAGUGACUGUAAGUAUGGACAAAAAAAUUUAUACAUCUAUGUAUUAAUUUUCAUUCCAUGAAAUUUUGUUGUUUUGUUGUGUUAUCAAUACAGUAUGUAUGUUGAAUAUUAAAUAAAACCUGCCAAUUAAGUUUUUAAA